AGUACGCUCCCGGUCGUCUUAGAGGACGAAUUAUGUAGGAAACCGUUAGAAAACAGCAGUUUAAGCAAUUAUAUCUAAAAAAAUGGCAUUGAUAACGUCGGAUUGGAGCCUGGACGCCUGGAUCUUCAUAUCCGCUGUGCUACUGGGCCUCUACCUGUACUUCAGGAGGAAUCUCGAUUACUGGAAAAAGCGAGGUGUGAAGUAUGUCGAGCCAACGCUUUUCUUCGGCAACACUGUACCCUGUCUCUUGGCCAGGAAAACACCGGACGUAUUGAUCCGCGAAAUCUAUGAGAAGGGCGCGGGAGAACAGUUCAUCGGUUUCCACGUCUUCAACAAGCCCUACCUCGUAGUUCGCGAUCCAGAGCUGAUCAAGAAUGUCUUCAUCAAGGACUUCAAUAACUUCACGAACAAGGUAUUGUGUGGCAAUCACACGGACGUCAUGAGUAGUACUAAUCUCUUCGUAGCGUCGAAUCCGCCCUGGAAGUCCAUCAGGACGAAGUUAUCUCCGAUUUUCACCUCGGGAAAGUUGAGGAAGAUGUACGAGCUCAUGGAGGAGAUCUGCGAUGACCUUCAAGUUUAUCUGGACAAAUUGGACAUCGACGAAAAAGUUGGAAAGCCCAUCGAAAUCAAGGAAAUCUGCGCGAAAUUCACGACCGAUCUUAUCGGCACAACGGCAUUCGGUAUGCGUUUGAAUUCCUUGACAGACCCGAAUGCCGAGUUCCGCAAAAACGGCCGACGAGUGUUCAGAAGUAGUUUCAAGCGCUACUUGCAAUUGCUGGCCUUAUUCUUCAUACCGCCACUGCGUCCCUACACCAACGCCAAGUUUUUCGACGAAAAGGCAACUGACUUUUUGCGCACGGAGUUCUGGAACGUGAUCAAUGAACGCAUCAAAUCCGGUUUCAAGAGGGACGACCUUUUGGACAUGCUCAUCGAAAUCAAGAAUAAUCAGGAUAACGGCACAGACAAUACGUUCAGGUUGGAAGGUGAUGCCUUGGUCGCUCAAGCGGCAAUAUUUUUCACUGGUGGUUUCGAGACUUCCUCAACAACUAUGUCUUUCGCUUUGUAUGAACUGGCGAGAAAUCCCGAGUCGCAAACAAAGUUGAGAAAUGAGAUUUUGAACGCUCUAGAAACAACUGGAGGAAAAGUAACUUACGAAAUGAUGACAACGCUGCCUUAUUUGCAUAUGGUUACUCUUGAGGCAUUGAGAUUGUAUCCUGUUAUUGCUUGGCUUGAUCGAAUACCAGAAACAGACUACACAUUCCCUGGAACGAAUGUUACCGUUGAGAAGGGCGUUCCAGUAGUUUUACCAUUGAGGGCUCUGCAAUUAAGUCCCCAGUAUUUUCCAAAUCCAAACCAGUGGGAUCCCGAGAGAUUUUCGGAGGAGAACAAGAAAAAUAUAGUUCCGUUCACAUACUUCCCAUUUGGUGAAGGGCCACGCAGUUGCAUAGGUAUUCGAUUGGGAUAUAUUCAAACGAAGCUCGGUAUAUUAAAUUUUAUUUCGAAAUACGAAUUGACAGUUUCCAAGGAAAGUGCAAACCUACAGCCGGAACCAUUAAAUAUUAUAACCCAAGCGAAAGGUGGCAUUUAUUUAAAUUUAAGAAAACUCACGGCUUGAACUCGUUACUCACACACGAAUGUGUAAGAAACAUUUGAUAAUUAAUGCAUAAAAAACUUCAGCUAUUGUGAUUCAUAUAUGUAUUGAUGCUCGAAUAAACAAGUUGUGACUCUAUAGUCAGAAAUGAUGGUAUGUAAAUGUAGUAAAUAUUUAGAAAAUGUAUUUUAAUAUACAGAAAUAAAAACAUAUUGUCAACUAUAA